AUGUCACUCCUCAACAAGCUUGCUGCCACGCGAAACUGCGCAGUUGUUAUCUUGUCGCAGUGCGCGACCAAGAUGCAGUCCGAGCACGGAGCCGCAAUUGUCCCGGCCAUCAAUGCGACGGUGUGGGAGCAAGGCGUAUCCACGCGACUCGUGAUGUUUAGGAACUGGUCGUGGGAGGACAGGAAGCCGCACAGCGUGUUUCUGGUGGGUGUGCAGCGAGUAGACGGGCGCACGGUGACGGACGUGGUCGGAAACGCCUCGGCAUUCACGGUCGAAUCGACGGGCGUGCGAGGCGUCGAGUACGAGGCGAGCCACCCGAUGGAGAUGGCGACCGUCGCGGCGCAGCAGAAGCGCAAUCUGGACCAGGCGGAGCUCGAGGUGCCGGACAGCGAGGACGAGGACUACGGAUGGGCGGAGGAGGACGAGGCUGACCUGCCGCCACCGCCACAGCAGUGGCAGGGAAGCGAGGAUAUCAUCCUUGGGCAGGACGUCGGGCGGAGCGAGGACGAAGAGGAGGAGUACCGAAGCUACGACGAAGCGGAGGAGGCGGAGGCGGAAGAAGAGGAUGGAGACCAGGAAUGA